CCUCCCCGUCUCGUACAUCAAUUCCAUAAUCCACAACAUAUUGUUAUGGCAGGUUCGGAUGUCCAGUUGCCCUGUCCAGUUGAAGGUGACCAAAACUCUUUGUUUAUCGAGUGGUACAAAAAUCGUCAGCCACUCUCUAUCCUGGGUGGGGAUCAUUUUCGUGUUACGAACCGAGGUUUCCUGAAAAUCAGAGGAGCAGUUAUAGACGAUACAGGUUUAUACGUCUGUCAGGCAGUCAACGGUUUCGGUGGUCUUGACGUCAACGUAACCUUGAUUGUACUAGAAGAUGAUAGUUUUCAAGAAAAUGAAGACUAUUCAUCAGAGGUGUUACCUAUUGAUAAUGAAGUUCCAGGGAAACCAAAAUUUACCAAAAUGACUACUUUUCAAAACGGAAAGAUUCAGCGGUCAGUUGGCAGCUCUUUACGAUUAAAGUGUCUAGUACCAACGAAUGAGCAGAUAUCUUGGCUAAAAGACGGGAUUUUUCUGUUCGAAGGAAACUUGCCAGUGGGCUCCAAAAGAGGUCGCUGGUAUAUACAGCUAGAAAACUUGAGAGUCAUUGACAGUGGAAAUUACACUUGUGUAGUUCGUAAUAAUUUUGAAACGGUACACAAGUCAUUUCUACUUGAGGUGAUAGAACCAAUCCAAAGUAAGCCUAAACUUACAGGGGAGCACCCAAAGAACACAUCUGUAGAGCUUGGGGCAACAGCUACGUUUCAGUGUCAUGUAGAGAGUAAAAUACCACCUCACAUAACGUGGCUCCGCCUUCUGGAAGAGAGCGAACUUUCGAGCCAGUCGAACGUAAUUAAGCUUCAAGGGCACUACUUCAAGAUUCUGAAUUCUUCUGUAAUACUCAGGCGCUCAGACGGAUCGUUUAUCAGUAAGAUACAGCUCCACGACACUCAGGAGUCUGACAAUGGGAAGUAUUUCUGUCUCGGAACCAACGCCAUGGGCUACAACUUCCGGUCAGCUUUCCUCGUGGUCAGGCCGCAAAAAUUACCAGACAAUCGCUUUUUGCAUCCUCACCACUCUUCGGGUAGCUCUUUUAUACGGUCUUCAUCUUUACCUUUUCCAAUAAUUAUCACUAUGGCAAUUGUAGCAAUAAUAGUGUUAUUUAUGGUAAUUAUUCUAAUUUUCAACUGCCGGAGACGAACAGCUGAAAGACCAGAUGGUAAUAAUGUAAAAAGCCCUUGCACAAGUCCAAAAUUAAUCCCAAAGACCAGUGUUCCAAAAAACAAAGAAGAUUGCCCAACUGCAACUAAGGUUUAUUUUUCUAAACAUGAACGAACGCUACGAUAUUCGCAGCCAGUGCUUCGGUGAAUGUGUGUACAGAUUUGUAGGAGAGAAACACAGAUUUAUAAUGAGACUAAAAGUCCUUCUUGGGGAAGAUGAGGAAAUACCAAAAAUAUAUGUAUCAAGGGGGUCAUGAUAUAUUUUUCUAUGUUAUUGUUUGUGAAUUAUUAUUGUAUAGUAUAUUUUAUACAUUCGUAUAUAAUACAAUAAAGCAUUUGAAAAAGUUUUGUUAAGUUUUGCCAUAUAUUUGUCAGGUCUAAUAUAAAGUAUUGCUGAUAAUUGUUGUACGCUAUGUAUAAUUUUUAUAUUUAUGAGCUUUAAAUAUAAUUUUGCUAAGAAUAUGUAAAACGUAAUAUGAGCCAUAAAUGCUAUAGUAUAUUUGAGCAUGCUAGGCAUGUUCUUAUUUGUUUUGAUAUUCGUUAAAAAAAGCUGUUAUUAGCUUUUGCAUUUCAUAACGAUGAUUUUUUUAUUAAUUUACUCAACUGCACCACCCAGUACAUUCUCAAGUUCUAAUAAUCAUGACUGUGUAAACAACAUUAUGCUGGACUUGAAUUAAAUUGUGUCCCAGCUCAGGAGGUGAUCGAAAAAUAAUGUGAAAUAAUUUUUCACCAUUUAUAUGUUGACCUCUAGCGGGGUUUUUAUAAGCCUUUUUUACUCAUAGUUUAUAUGUCUGUUGUUUUUUCUCUUGCUCAUUUCUUUGAUACGAUUAAUAAACAUUAUGCCUGAA